CUCUAUUUGCUUGUGUAUCACUUUUCGCCCUGCCUCCCGCGGUUGGUGUUGAUGAAAAGUGGUCAGAGAAUGAGGCAAUCCUUUCCCAAGAAUGAAUUGAUUGUUUAUCCAUGUUACAUCGCCUAGAAUAUGCUAUAUGCCGUGUACAGUGCGGCAGCCGGCCGUGUAGGUAUGGGGGAAACGUCAGAAGAAUAUAUUUGGAGCGUCUCAUGAUGAAGCCCUGAGAACGCCAUCUCUUUUCCAUCAAGAGAUUACUUACUCUUAUUGGUUUACAUAUUGAUUUCUUCCGCCUACCUCCUGAGAUACGAUAGAGAAGUGGGAAAAUAAUUAUGCUGCUGGAUAUCCUCUAUUCAAACUGGACGCUGCUUAUAGCGGUCGUUUGCACUGGUGCGAUCAGCAUAAGUGUCUACCUCGUGUAUAGGAAGCACUGUCGCUACAAUGCCACCAGGCCGAUAUCAGUCAACUACCAUUUCACACGAAGAUGUAAUAAGGAAUGUGCCUUCUGCUUCCACACCGAGAAGACCUCCCACGUCGCUUCCGAGAAGGACAUGAAGCAUGGACUCCGCCUACUCAGCGAGGCUGGUAUGCGCAAGAUCAACUUCGCUGGCGGCGAGCCGUUCCUCUAUCCUGAAAAGCUAGCCAUGCUCUGUCGCUUCUGCAAAGAAGAGCUUGGGCUCGAGAGCGUCAGCAUCAUCAGCAACGGAACAUUGAUUACCAAGAAGUGGAUGGACCAGCACGGCCGAUGGAUCGAUGUGAUAGGCGUAAGCUGCGACAGCUUCGACGAGAAAACAAACAUCGCCAUCGGCCGCGGUACCGGCAAGAACGUCACGCAACUCUUCCGUAUCCGCGACUGGUGUCGUGAGCUAGGCAUCAAGUUCAAGCUCAACACUGUUGUGUGUACACAUAACUGGCAGGAAGACAUGGCAGAGACGGUGCGGCAACUGGACCCAUUCCGAUGGAAAGCCUUCCAAGUGCUAUACGUGGAGGGAGAGAAUGACGCUGAGGAGGAAGACGGUCGCCUCAGCAAGCGAAAACGAAACGCUAAGAAGCUUCUCAUCUCAGACGAGCAGUUUCAAGUUUUCCGUGAUAAGCACCAACAUCUCAAAUGUUUCAUAGCCGAGCCGAACUCGCUCAUGGCAUCGAGCUACCUCAUUCUGGACGAGUACCUCUGCUUCCUGGACAAGGGCGCCGGGGUUGAGAAGCAGUCGCGAUCGAUUCUGGAGGUCGGGGUGCAGAGAGCGCUGAGCGAGGUUCGCUGGGACCAGGAGGCGUUUAACCAACGCGGAGGCCUGUAUGAAUGGACCAAGGACGUUAUCGGGGAUGGAGGAGACACAGAGGGCGGCUGUGGAUCGUCCCACACCAAUAAGGAGUUGCUAGAUUGGUGAAGUCGUCUGGAUCGCAAGUUUCACUCAUUUUGUUUGUAGGGUGCCUUGGCCAGUGCGUAGUUGAAUAAGCAAUCAUUUCGCACAGUAUUGGCCUUAAGCUAAGACUCA